CCCCUAUCUUUACUGUAGCUGUACUUUGUGUCGGUGUUAGCUGAGCAGCUAGCUCUUAGCAGCUUCCACUCAGGCACAAGUUACUUUCGUUUUCGACUCGCGGAACAAAAGGGGAAACAACCAACAGCUCCUGAGGGAAAUUCGAGGCCUUGUUGUUCGUACAGGCGUGUUUAAAACCAGGGCUAAUCAUUUUUAAAGGGUUAAACCUGCUGUCUUUGAGUGUUUGGUGGCGCCUCAGAUCGAGUUUCUAGCACUUUCUGUUCGGUUUGGCGUCGGGGCGCGCGCGCUGUGUGUGUGUUGUACUGUCGGUGAAGCUGAUUUAAGUUGAAAGCAUCAUAAUGUUGGAGAUGGAAACUUCAUUACAGCCAGGCUGGAUGAGUGAAGAAGUCAAAACCGGGACUACAAUCAUAGCCAUUGGGUUUGCAGGAGGAGUUGUUCUUGGCUCCGACUCACGUGUCUCUGCUGGGGAGUCAGUGGUGAAUCGAGUGAUGAACAAACUCUCUCAACUCCAUGACAAGAUUUACUGUGCUCUGUCCGGGUCAGCUGCUGAUGCCCAGACCAUUGCUGAGAUAGUCAACUACCAACUGGAUGUGCACAGUAUUGAGUUGGAAGAAGACCCCCUGGUUCGCUCAGCUGCCACAUUAGUGAAGAACAUUUCCUACAAGUACAAAGAGGAACUAUCUGCACAUCUGAUUGUUGCAGGUUGGGACAGGAGAGGUGGGGGACAGGUGUAUGUGACUUUGGAUGGUCUACUGUCUCAGCAGCCAUUUGCUAUUGGCGGCUCUGGUAGUUCAUACAUCUAUGGGUUCGUUGAUGCAGAAUACCGGAAAGGCAUGACACGAAAAGAAUGCCAGAAGUUUGUUGUAGAGGCACUGACACUUGCUAUGUGCAGAGAUGGUUCUAGUGGAGGUGUGGCUUACCUUGUUACCAUUGACGAAAACGGAGCAGAAGAGAAGUGCAUUCUGGGAAAUGAACUACCUACAUUUUUUGAUGAAUAAAAAUUGCAAUAGUGUACAGGCAAAACAAUGUUGCUGGGUUUGUUAAACACUGCAUUUAUCUGUUUAUUAGGCACAGCUGUCAUGUAAGUUAACCCAAGAACAAUCUUCCCAGAGAAAAUUCUGUAAUCAUCUUCCUUGAGCCCUUUACAUUGUCACUUUUAUGUCCAGAGGAGUGCUGUUAACUGGAAAUUAUUAACUGAUAAACUGAACCCAGUAGUAAGUAAACUAGGUCCGCUUGUUUAAGCCCCACACACUACCAUGUCAGUGUCACUGCUACGCUGAAAUGUCUCCAUCACUAAAAUAUCUGGUCAGUUAGUAGCUGUAUGUCUACAAAAUUCAGCUAUAUAUUACUGUGACCUAAGACAGUGGCAGUGUUUUCAUAUUGACAUUCAAUUUAAUUAGUUUUAACUUCAGUGUCACAAAUAAAUGCAGUUUCACAAACA